UAGGCGCAGGUGGACACCGCUCCGUGUCGCUGCUGCUGCUGCUGCUGCUGCUGCUAGCUCGCGCAGUCAACUCGAUCCCGCUGGGGAGAGGAAUAAAGUCAGACAGGUACACUCCAUUAAAUCGACGUCACUUUGAGGAAGAUAGCGAGGUGGAAGCUGUUUUUAAAUUGACUUUUACGGCACCGAUUGUGUGACGAGGUGAGCCUUGCAAGCAACGGCGACAAAACUUGGUUGACAGCAGCAGGAGGAGGAGGCACAGCUUGACAAACCUUUAACACCCCUCCACGAAAGUGCUCUCACGUUUCAGUUUCCUUUGAGCGACUUGAGGAGAAUGAACAUAAAACUCUAAAGCUCGCUGAUCAUCUGUGGACUUUGCGUUUUUAGAAGACACGUUAGAGCGCACAGAUCUUAAUAUCGCGGAGUUUUUUUUCCUGUCAAGUCGGCGACAAUGGGGGAGCAGCCAAUCUACACCACCAGGGCCCAUGUCUUCCAAAUCGACCCAACCACCAAGAAGAACUGGGUACCUGCAAGCAAGCAGGCUGUCACAGUCUCCUAUUUUUACGACAGUACACGCAACAGCUAUCGCAUCAUCAGUGUGGAUGGAUCUAAGGUUAUCAUCAACAGCACCAUCACACCCAACAUGAUGUUCACAAAGACGUCGCAGAAGUUCGGUCAGUGGGCCGACAGCAGGGCCAACACGGUGUUUGGUUUGGGCUUCAGCUCUGAGCAGCAGCUCUCUAAGUUUGCUGAGAAGUUCCAGGAAAUUAAAGAGGCAGCCAAGAUGGCAAGAGACAAAUCUCAAGAGAAGGUGGAGAUGCUAAGUAAUCACUCCCAGGAGUCUGGACGUGAAACGCCAUCAGCCAACCAGGCUUCGAGCAUUAAUGGAACUGAUGAUGAGAAGAUCUUUCAUGUCGGUCCAGAGGCUGCCCUGCUGAAGAAUGAGAACGAACUCCUCAAGAGUGCAGUAGAACAGAGCAACACCAGCGCCAAGAAGUGGGAAACUGAGCUGCAGACAUUAAGAGAGAAUAAUGCCAGGCUGGUGGACGCGCUGCAGGAGUCCUCGGCUAAUGUAGAGAGCUGGAAGAAACAACUCGGUGCCUGCAAGGAGGAGAGUGACAUGCUCAGGGAAAAGAUUGCAGAACUUGAAGCUCAGUGUAAUGAGGCCAGUCAGGAGAAGCAAAGGAAUGCCCAACUCUCCGUGCGUGUGCAGAAGUUGGAGGCCGAGUUGCAGGAAAAAGAGCAGGAGCUGGAAAACCUGAGGAAGCAGGCAGAGAUAAUCCCUCAACUCAUGGCCGAGUGUGAGAGCAUCACCUCCAAACUGCAGGCUACAGAAACAAAGAACAGAGAGCUGGAGGGGAGGGUCGACGUGCUUCACAUGGAUGUGGAAGACAGUCGACAGAAGCAGGGCAACAUGAAGGGCGAGCUGAAGAAGUUCAUGGACAUCCUGGACGGAAAGAUAGAUGAGCUGCACGAGUUCCGGCAGGGUCUGUCCCGGCUGGGCAUCGAUAACUGAACCAAGAGGCGGCUGGCGGAGCGGGUCGUUGGUCGGGUGUGACUGACUGCGGUACGUCUUCAGGGCACAAAAAAAAAAAAAACUACAUUACGUCACACCCACCCCAAAGUGAUAUCCACUGAGAGACUAUGGGCGUUACUCGGAGCAGGAUCAGUGCGCGCCACCGUGUGACCUCACUUGUUGUCACACUUUGAGAAACUCUUUGCAAGCUGGUGGUGGGUUCUUCUUCUCCACUCUCCAUGUGUUUGUGGCUUUCCAAGAGGGGACUCCAAGGGCUACAAGCACCAGCUGACAAAGGGAAUGCUGUAGAGUGUCACUUCAGUAAUAAUGAUAUGGUGUUAAUCCCUAUGCCCCCCACAGCGGAACUCUUACAGGUUGUCCUCGCUGUUGCCUCUUGUCUAUCUCAGGUGUGUCUCCAGACCCUUUGUGCGUUGAUGAAUAAUAGCCGUGAUGACACUAAGUGCCUCCGAGGGGCGGGGAGAGGGGCUCCGAAUGAUGCCAUCACCAUUUUUACUAAUGAAUGGAGGUAAAGAGAGGUCAUAAGUAAUUAGACCGACUGUCAGGACGCCAUCAAGCCCCCUCAUGACUCCUUUAGAUAGCAUUUACAUAGAAAAGUCAUGUCCCAAUAGCUUUUCUUUACACUCCACAUCAUCCCCAACCAACAGAAGCCAAUUUCACAGACACUUUAUAGGACUGUGUGUGUAUGUGUGUGUUUUUGUUGAUGUGCUUCCUUACACUAAAGUUUCUGUUCUGGUGGAGGUGGUGAUUAUUUGGGGUGAGUGGACCUGGUGCUGCUACUUGGGGGAAUAAUGUGAACGCUACUACCGAUGGACUUGUGGCUUUUGUCGUGUAUAAUUUGGGUGCCUCUCUUAGCAGUAAGUCAACAUGCCUCCACAGAUGUACAAUAAUAUUCAUAUAUGAAAUAUAGCAAACUUUCUGGCUUGGGAGGUUUUACCAGAGGACUUUAUACAACAAUCUUCUAUUUUUAAAUAUUUACUUGCUGCCAUAUGAACCAAUACUAUCAUGUACCUCCACCACUGUUGUAAAAAUUGGAAUUGCUGUGUCCAUAUGAAAACCAAAUGCACCUACAUAACAAAAUAUGACUUUUUUUUUUUUGUUUUGUUUUGUUUUGGAGCCAACAAUUCUUGUAAACGUUUGUGACUUCUCUUCAUUGUUGUACAAUACAACUGAUUGCUAACAUUUAGUUUAAUUACA